CCGGCCCCGACCCCGGCCCCGGCCCCCACCCCCGCCCCGGCCCCCGCCCCGACCCCCCCCACCCCGGCCCCAGCCCCGACCCCGGCCCCGGCCCCGACCCCGGCCCCCGCCCCGACCCCGGCCCCGGCCCCCACCCCGGCCCCAGCCCCGACCCCGGGGUCCCCACCCCCGAAGACCAGCACCGUGGAACUGGAUUGA